CUGAGUGUGAACGUGUUGGAUGUGCUACUCUGACUAUGCAAGUAUAGUUGUUCGCGGAACUUGCUCUUUCAGGAAUCAGUACAGAAACUUUUAAUCUCCUUUCUACGUAACCCGCGGUUUAGGUUUCCACUUGAAGUUAACAUAUAAUGAAUUAACCGGCUGUGGCCGAUCACAGUGCUCUCAGCUGCCUCAAUAUGCUGUCCAUUCAGUAAAACACCGUGUCAAUGAUCUCACAGCAGAGCCGCCUUUCUGAAUGGCAGCGCCCUCUCAAGCAGAGCUGGUAGUACCAGAGCCAGUCCUCCAGAUCUUUGUGAUUUCCUGUGAUUGCCACUGGUGGGCGGUGUGUUUGCGAAAGUCGGAACCAGGAUGGUAGAGGCUGCAUUUUUGCCUUCAAUGUACGCUGUAUGGCUGUCGAAACUAAGUGCCAAAAAUGUUUUACCCAGAGGAAAAUGAAGUAAGUGUGUGCAGGUCCUGGGGAUGUAACUGCACGGAGUGGAGAUAGUGCGCGCAGUGAAGUGAGCCCUAAAGGGACUUAUAUAAACUGGCUUCUCGGAACUAAAUUGACCCAGAGCCAUGAAGUCAAACAGCACGGAAGCAGUGUGUUUGGGCUACGACGUCCAUGGAGACGGGUUCGAUAAGCAUUGUGUCCUGUGAUGCGAAGCGAGUAAGAAUAGGAAGGAAGAGACGAGACCAAGAACUCAACAGUGAAAUUUUGAAAAGCGGCACUGAGAAAUGGAAGCAACGUAUGGUUACUGAAGGCAAGCUUUGUAAAUGAUGCUGCUUCCUAUGACAUUACGAGGAAGAAGAAGGAUUACUGUGGAUCAGAAUAAGUAUGAACACAUCUGAUUAUACCGACUGAAUAAACUGCAAUGGCAGGCAGUGCCAGAUUGCUGGAUAUACAGAUAUGUUAGGAGGAAUUUGUACAUUAAGGAAGAUGGAAUGAGACACAAGUUGCCACAAUGCUGUCGUCCAAUGAGGCCAAUAGCAGCAUCAUGGACUGGUUGACUGACAUUCAUCUGGACCAGUACACUGACAAUUUCAGACAGUCUGGCUACAGUACACUGGCAGACUGUAAGCACUUAAAUAAUGAGAUUCUUCUCCAGAUUGGGAUUACUCCAACAGGACAUCGGAAAAGAAUACUCAGACAUUUGCACAACUUGUUUCCAAAAGCUGAUGAGUUAAAACUGCCUAAAUGCCCUGAUGAAUUGUUGCCCCGAGGUACAGAAUCAGACAGCAAUAACCAGGACCUUCCUGCACAGAGUUCACCCAAGGAAGAAGUUGUGAGCAGUCUCCCUGUCUCUAAACUGAGAACUAUCUUUAUUAAAGGUGAUUUAACUUCAAACCCUACCGAUCCAGUGAAUGUUAGAUUUAUUAAUUCAAAAGACAAACCUCCAUCUCCCCAAAUGCGGUGCGAUGAAACACAGGAGCAAUUUUUGCUUAGUAACAGUCCUAAAAUAGUUGCAUCAGAGAAUGACGGUGCCUGCAGUAAUCCAUGUGAACCACAAGAUGAUGUGGAUAGUAGGCCACCACUUCCACCGCGAGUUCAUCAGGGAACACCGCCUCUUAAGUUCACUGGAGACAGGAUGUCACUGCCUUCUGGUUCUGUUGAUUCCUGCCAGUUUUCCUUCGCAGCUGAGCAUUCCGCAUCCGAGAAAACUAAACGUACAUCGAGCAGUCCAAGGGACUCUGCUCUCAUUGAGUUUCAAGGCGAGAUGAUCCUGAAUGAUUUCUAUGAUGGAAUGCUGGGCACUUCAGAGCAGGUUGUUUCAGGUCCUGUGAAAGCGCCUGACUUUCGAAACAGACCAGUACCACAGCUCCCAAGUUCAUGUGUAGUACAAGGAGUUAUCCUAAACAAAACAGACAACAGUUCCCUACUGAAAAGGAGAAACCUCAACCUUUCACACUUCCCUAGUUGUGACAGUCCUCAAAAUCCAUUGUUGGCUGAUGCAUUCAGAGCUGAUGGAGACAAGCACUCUCCUAUUGUCCCAUAUGGUGAAACAUUUCUAUACCACAAUUCUGAAAGUUACCAGACUUUACGAAAGCAGUUACCUGGCAUGGAGACCUCUGUAAACCAGGACAGUAAUCAAGUGAUGAACAAUGAUCUCAGGGACUGCAGAACUGCAAAUUUGAAUGUGGACUAUAUUGAACAGCCAGUAAUACAAUCUGACCAUAGCACAGUGGAGGAAGAGAGUGAAGGGGAAUAUUCCACAGUAGAUGACGGUAUUUGCUAUCAGAGAUCAUGUGUCCAGGCAUUGCCUGAACAGUAUAGUAGCGUUCAAGCAGCAUGCGGUUGCCAGGAGAGUCAUUCUCCAUCCUCUGGUUGCACAGGCGAAUCUUCCUAUGGGGAAGUGAAUGCAGAUGAAGAUUCAAUAUCCCCCUAUGCUUGUUUCUAUGGUGCAACAAAGAAAACUAAAGAAGGUUGGCUGGAUAAACUUUCACCACAAGGAAAUUGUGUGUUCCAGAAACGAUGGGUUAAGUUUGAUGGAGAGAGUUUGUCAUACUACAACAAUGAGAAGGAAAUGUAUUCGAAGGGAAUAAUUCCACUCUUUUCAAUGAAAACGGUGCACCGGUUGGGAGACAACAAAUUUGAAGUCAUUUCCUUCAACAGGACUUUCACUUUCAGGGUUGAAAAAGAAGGUGAUAGAGAUGACUGGAUCAACACAAUUUUAAAUGCGUUAAAAUCUGACUCCAGUGUCCUUUCACACUUGAAUAGUCACUCCACUAUUACUGCUGACAAGUAUGGUUCUCUGGAACUAAGGGGCUACAAAGCCAAAAUUUUUGUUGUAUUGAGAGAGAGCAAAGUUUGGCUUUAUAAAAGUGAACAGGAUUUUAAAGGUGGAGUUGGUAUUACAGUGGUACACACAAAUGUGGCAACAGUAAAAGAUGUUGAUCGUAAAUGUUUUGAACUAUCUACUCCAUUCCGAAACUUCAGCUUCACCGCAGAAUCCGAACGAGAAAAACAAGAAUGGAUUGAAGCUAUGCGAGGAUCAAUAGCAGAAAGCCUCUCGGAUUAUGAAGUGGUAGAGAAGAUCUGGUUCAAUGAGUCCAACAGAAACUGUGCAGAUUGCCGAGCACCUGAUCCCGAAUGGGCAUCCAUCAAUCUUGGAGUUGUCAUCUGCAAAAAAUGUGCAGGUCAGCAUCGAUCAUUGGGAUCGAAUAUUUCCAAGGUUCGUAGUCUGAAGCUGGACAUUAGUAUUUGGAGCAAUGAACUUGUUGAGCUUUUUAUUGUGGUGGGAAAUAAAACAGCCAACAGCUUUUGGGCAGCAAAUCUUAAACCAAGUGAAGAGCUGGAUAUGGAUGCUCCACCAAACCAACGUCUCGAAUUCAUCACGCAAAAAUAUAAAGAGGGAAAGUUUCGAAAAAAACUUUCAUCGUUUCUAACACAGGAAGCACUUAACAAGGCCUUAUGUCAAGCUGUCGUGAAGCAAGACAUCUUAGAGACUCUGUCUCUCGUUUUCAGUGGGGCAGAUGUCAUGUGUGCAACAGGAGAAGCUGCUCAUUGUACACCUUACCUGUUGGCACAGAAGGCUGGGCAGCGAUUGCAAAUGGAAUUUUUAUUUCACAAUAAGCUCUCAGUUCUUCCAAAGAUUGAUUCAUUGUCUGAAGCUGGCACUCAUUCUAAUAAUUCACAGUCCACCUUUCUAUGUGGUUUCCUGUACAAGGCUGUCAACACUACCAAAGCAAUCGUUGAGAAAAGAUUGAAGGAAGAAUUCAAUAAGCGAUGGUGUACCCUGGAAGGUGGAUUUCUCAGUUAUUAUGAAAGUGACAAGUCUGCCACGCCAAAUGGGAGGAUUGAUAUCAGUGAAGUGGUCUGUUUGGGAGUGACCAAGUCUGAUCUUACUUGGGGUCCUGGGGUAAGCUAUACGUUUGAGAUGUAUUUGCUGUCAGAGCAUGUCUUCUCCUUUGGAACUGAUAAUGCUGAAAUCCUAAAAGACUGGACUAGGGCAAUAACAAAGAGUUUCAUUCCUGAGGCGGUAGAAAUCCUGACCAAAAAGGAUUAUGAACUGAUUGGUCGACUCUAUUACAAGGAUGUGCAUAAUCUGGAAAACUGGAAAGCAGGCUGGUUUGCACUGGAGAAAUCACAACUCUGCUUCUGUCCUGAACAAGGUGUGGCUGAAGAGGAUUCAGUCCAUCUAAAGAAACUGCAAGAACUUACGGUCAGCAUCCAGACUGAGAAACACAAUGAGAAGAAGGAUGUCUUGCUGCUGGUGGAAAAGGGAAGAACUCUAUACAUCCAUGGUCAUACGAAGCUGGAUUUCACUGCUUGGCACGAUGCCAUAAAGAAAGCGGCAGGUACAGAUGGUAAUGCACUACGAGACCAGCAGCUCAGCAAAAAUGACAUUCCCAUCAUUGUGGACAGCUGUAUAGCGUUUGUUACACAGUAUGGUCUUGGCUCGGAAGGAAUUUACCAAAAAAAUGGCACACCAUCAAGAGUUAACCAGCUGUUGGAUCAAUUCAGAAAAGAUGCCAGAAAUGUGAAGUUGAGAAUUGGGGAACAUCAACUGGGUGACGUAGCAGAUGUGAUGAAGAGAUUCCUGUUCGAAAUAGAUGAUGCUCUCCUCACCAAGGAAUUAUAUCCAUAUUGGUUGUCAGCAUUAGAUGUGCAAGAUUUAAAAGAACGACUGGAAAAGUACAGAAUGUUGAUAAAAACAUUACCACGUGUCAACCGGAUUACUCUUGCCGCUCUGAUUGGUCACCUCUACAGGGUGCAGAAAUGUUCAGAAAUGAACCAGAUGAACAUGCACAGUUUGUCCCAAGUGUUUUCACCCUACUUAUUCCAAACAGAAGGCCAAACUAAACAGGAAGUGAAUGUUAUAGAGGAUCUUAUCAAUUUAUAUGUUCAACUCUUUGGUGUUAACGAAGACCAAGUAAAACAGAUGGAGAUUGAAAACAGCUUCAUCACUACUUGGAAAGAUACACAGAUAGCGCAAGCUGGUGAUCUCAUCCUUGAAGUGUACCUGGAGAAGAAGGAGGCUGACUGUUGCUUCAUUGUUAGGGUAUCUCCGACGAUGACUGCUGGAGAACUGACUCACUCUGUCUUAGAAAUGAAAAGCAUUGCUGUAGAGGAGAAUGUUGUUUGGGCCACGUUUGAAAUGAUAGAAAGUGGAGAUCUUGAAAGACCACUCCACUACCAAGAGAAUGUCCUGGAACAGGUUCUUCAGUGGAGCAUACUACCAGAGCCUGAAUCUGCCUACUUGAUCAUAAAACAAUUUCAAGCAGCAAAUGCAAUCAGAAGCUACUUGGCAAAGAAUAUCCAAGAUCCUGGGAAAACAGGAACUCUGAAAUGGAGAGAAGAACACUCUAAACUGUUAUCUGGAAAUAAAUUUCAGGACCGUUAUGUUGUUGUGCGAGAUGAAAAGUUACUCCUUUACAAAGAUGCAAAGAGUAACAAGCCGGAAAGAGAAGUACUUGUGAAAUCCUUGAAGUUCUACUUUGGUCUAAAAAAGAAACUGAAACCUCCAAGCAGCUGGGGCUUUACACUUUGUUCAGAAAAGCAGCAGUGGUAUCUGUGCUGUGAUAAGGAGGAGACAUAUUUAGAAUGGUUGGCUGCUUUGCUCAGUGCACAGCAUGAGAGUGAUCUUUGGCCUCCAGAUGGAAAGUUGCACAUUUCAUCGGUGAUGAUGACUGCAAAGCCAGGGGCUAUGGGUACCACUCCGAUCCAAGAAUCAACCAAUAGAAGGAAAAUAGAACCAAUACAAAAGUUGAAUGUGAAUGAUUUGCUUCAUCAGAGAAUUCGUGAGAAUACACAUGGGAAAUCACAUCACCUGGCUGCCUGCCUACCACACUCAGGGGCUUUGCCUGCCAAUGGACAAGAGCCAAAUAAGCGCACUUUACGACCGGGUCAAGCUGUUGUAACACAAAGUGGCACAAAGUUAAGACCCCGCCAGGGAACACAUUGUCCUGGUCAAACAGAAGCAACAACUAAUAGAAUGUACUUUGGAGCUGAUACAAAGCUUCAUUCAAAACUAAUGCAAGAGCUGACCACUGUCUUUGUAAAAAAUAAUCCUCCAUUAAAAAAUGAAUAAGUGCGUCAUCUUUUAAUAUAUGGAUGGAAAGACCUUUUAAUAUGAAGACUUCAUAUGGAUAUUAAAUGGAGAAUUACCAAUUUAAGACCUUCGUAAUGAGGUGACCCUUUUUAUUAGGCUUCUUACAUUAUUAAAAGAGCUUGGACCAAACUCCAACUGUGUCACAUUAAAAGCUACACUGAAUCGGUAGAAGUACUCAAAAUACAAUUCUGGGGGUGCACUUGAGAUCUUUUAAAUGCACCACUCUCAAAUGUUGCUUUAAUUGUAUUAAUAUCAAUUGAUACUUUCUGUGUUUACUAAAAAGGUACUAAGCACUCCAUUAUUGCUAUUUCUGAAGCUAACAUUCAGUACAUAAAAGCACAGUAAAUAAGGUUAUUUGGGCACAAUCUGUGAACAAAGAUUAAUUUACUUGGUGUAUAUCAUGUUGGUAACGGACUGUGAUGUUUCUUGUCAAUCAUUUGUGCAAGAGGGUUCACCACAUCGCAUUUACUUUGUUGUUCUAUGUCAUGUUCUGGUUCAAUAUAUCUAUUGUAGCAUUAGCACUGCAUUUUCACUGUAUAUAUCUUAAAUAAAACAAGUGAUAAUUCAUCUCUGAGUGAUUUCCUCCCAAAAAAAGUGCUGAUGAUGUGUCAUUUUAUCUCAGGCUGAAAUUUGGAUAACUUUACGGCAUUGGAAAUAAAACAAUUAUCAUUUAUGACCUAGAAAUACUCAAAUGAAAAUACCUGUGAUACAUUUAUUGAUUUUGAACUGCCGAUAUCUAUGAUGUGUUCAAAGCAGUAUAGUUCAUUGAAGUGGAAAGGUAUUGGAUACAGUGAAUGAUUAAAUUACUGGAUUUCACAGGCCAAAAUGACCUGAAUUUGCUCUACAUUUCUCCAGUUCAUCACGUUCAUUGUCUUGAUUAGAAACUCCUUUUGUUUUUUUCAAGUGCCAUUAAGCUCACAGCACCAGUUUGUUCUGAUCUUUGACAUUGAUCAUCCAGUGUUUGCCAUCUUUCUGCAUAUUUUAUUUAUCAUGCUGUCUCCUUUAGCACCUAAAAUGGCAAACUGAAAUCAUGCUUGGACGGCCACUUGGGUCUUUUAAUUUUGUGUGAAUCCUGUGAAAAGUGUGUUUUUUGUUCUGAUAACAAUUAAGUUUUGUUUGAUAAACUAUUAAAGUAAA